AUGACUGGAAAGGCUAAAAGCACCACGGUCAAAUCGGCUGAAGGCUGUGACCCCGUGCCUGAAUUGGACGUCCGAAACGGGCCCGUGAGGCCCUACAUUGUCACAGAGGCGCCUGCAUCUCUCAGCGAGCUGCGUUCACCAACGUCGACCAAAGAACGGCUGCUGGUGGCCGGGCUGGCGUUGUUCACCGCGGCCGUCAGACUGCAUGGGCUUUCGUCGCCAGAUUCGGUGGUUUUUGACGAGGUCCAUUUCGGUGGGUUUGCUUCCAAGUAUAUCACCGGUACGUUCUUCAUGGACGUGCAUCCCCCUCUUGCCAAGAUGCUGUUCGCCGCUGUUGGCGCAAUUGGUGGGUUUAGAGGUGAUUUUGAUUUCAAGGCCAUCGGCGACAAAUUCCCGGCAUCGACUCCUUACUUUUUUAUGCGGCUUUUCCCUGCGACUUUGGGCGUGCUUACGGUGCUUAUGAUGUACUUUACACUCCGGUCUUCUGGUGUUAGAGUGUUUACGGCUCUUGUUGCAUCCCUGUGCUUCGCAAUUGAAAACGCCUACGUUACUAUUUCCCGCUACAUUUUACUUGACGCCCCACUCAUGUUUUUCAUCGCUGCAGCGGCUUAUUCUUUCAAAAAAUACGAACUGCACCCUCAAGGUUCUUGGAAUUCAUACCGCUUCCUGUUGAGCACCGGAUUUGCAUUGGGUUUGGCAUUGUCCUCCAAAUGGGUUGGACUCUUUACGGUUGCGUGGAUCGGCGCCCUGUGUAUCUGGCGUUUGUGGUUCAUGAUUGGUGACCUUUCUAAGCCCGUUUCGUCGACUUUCAAGGAAGCGCUACGCAAAUUGUUAUUCCUUUUGGGCAUUCCGGCUGUGCUCUAUCUUGCCUUUUUCUACUUACACUUUGAUACUCUCACCGUUUACUCCGACGGUGCAGGUUUUUUCUCAUCGGCGUUCCGCACCACUCUCCAAGGGAAUACAAUUCCUCAAGAUAUCUUAGCCGAUGUUGGUAUUGGCUCUACUAUUUCCAUUAGACACAUCGCUACUAUGGGUGGAUACUUGCACUCUCACAAUCACAUGUACGAAAAGGGCUCUGAGCAACAACAAAUCACGUUGUAUCCCCAUCUUGACGGUAACAACGAAUGGCUAAUCGAAUUGCAUGAUAAGCCCAAUGAACCUGUUACCUCAUUCGAAGGACUUGCCGAUGGUACUAUGAUCAAAUUGAAACACGUUACCACUCAGAGGAGACUGCAUUCGCAUGAUCACAAGGCGCCUGUAUCUGAAAGUGCUGACUGGCAAAAAGAAGUUUCUUGUUACGGUUUCGAGGGCUUUGAAGGUGAUGGAAAUGACGACUGGAUUGUUGAGAUUGACAAAGAAGCAUCUGAGCCUGGUGAAGCUCAAACUCGUGUCAGAGCUUUGGAGACCAAAUUCAGACUCAAGCACCCGUAUAUGAAUUGUCAUCUAUUUUCUCACGAAGUGAAGCUUCCCAAGUGGGGGUUUGAACAACAAGAAGUCACUUGCGCUAGUCAAGGUAAGCCUCAUUUGACUCUAUGGUAUGUGGAAGAUAACUCACAUCCGCUUUUGCCCCAAGAUGCGGAGCGCGUUUCCUAUAAGAAACCUGGAUUUUUCGCAAAACUCUUGGAAUCUCAUCAAAAGAUGUGGCAUAUCAACAAGAAUUUGGUCGAUCCUCACAUUUACGAAUCUCAGCCAUAUUCUUGGCCUUUAUUGCUUAGAGGUAUCAGUUAUUGGGGCCAAGAGCACAGACAGGUAUACUUGCUUGGCAAUGCGAUUCUCUGGUGGUCGGUUAGCACUUUUGUUCUCAUUUUUGGACUCAUCUUGGUGUUUGAACUGAUAACCUGGCAAUUGGGUUAUCCCAUUUUGCAAGAUAAAGAUGUGGUCAAUUUCCAUGUGCAAGUUUUGCACUAUCUGUUGGGUUACGUUUUGCACUACAUUCCUUCUUUCCUAAUGGGUCGCCAAUUAUUUUUGCACCAUUAUCUUCCUGCGUAUUACUUUGGUAUUCUUGCCUUUGCGCACGCUCUUGAUAUUACCGUGACUUAUGUCUUCCGAAACAAGCGCGUGGUAGGAUAUGCGGCGAUUGGUGCAUUCUUUGCCAGUGUCGCUUACUUUUACGUUUCGUACAGGCCUUUGAUAUACGGAACGCCAUGGACUCAAGACCUAUGCCAUAAAUCACAAUGGCUUUCUGGUUGGGACUACGGUUGCUCAAAUUUCUUCAAUUCUUAUGAGGAGUACACCGACUUUGAUAGCCAGUUGUCUAGCUCUCAUGACAUAUCUCCAUCAAAAACAUUAGAAGCUGAUGCUGAUAGUAAACCAACGCAAGCGUUUGAGAAACCUGCUUCCCAGGAUAUCAAUCAAAACGACAUUGAUGUUGACGAAUUAAUGGCGGGUCCUGGAGUUAAAAAGUUUAUCGACCAAAAUGGCCAAGAACUAGAUCCAGAAUAUGUCAAGGAAAUUUUAGGGAACGGCGGCUCCGUUAUGAGCGUCGAACAUCGUUCUCAUACCGAAAACGCUUCUCCAUGA